CUCACUCUCUGCCUCUGCGCAUCAUUGAAGGGGGAGUUUGGCCGCCUGCUUUCCUCGGCCACUUUCACCGCCUGGCUGGUUAAUAAUAACACUUCCGCCCCUGCGUUACUCCAUCACCUUUUCUCUCCUGUUUUAUUCUGUGUGUCCGACACCAUCCACUGAACGCGAACGCCUCGCCCCCCGCGCGUUAGAUGGAAUACAGGGGGUUGCCAGCCGCGUUUAUCUUCUCCUAACUGGGAAACAGCGCACGGGAGGGGGCGGGAGGCAGGGAGACGUUGGAGGACUAAAACACAGCCAGCCGUGAUUCAUGGACGCAUCGCACCGCGCAUCAUGAGGACACAGCCACCGACAACAAGAGAGGACCUGGCAUAGGCAUCUCUGGCUAGAUGAAGUGGUUCAGCCAUGCAAUGUUCCUGGAAGUCAGUGAUUCUGCUGGCCUUGGCUUCGAUUGCCAUCCAGUACACAGCCAUCCGGACGCUCACCUCUAAGCCUUUCCAGCUGUGCCCACUGCCCAGCCCCCAGAACUGUGGUCUCGGGGCUCAGGAGACAGAUCCUUCCUUUGAGCGGGGACCAGCAGGUGGGGUAGGCUGUGAUGACUACCCUUACUUUUCCAUCAACGCCACUCGUAAACUUCAUAUACUGGUCUUAGCCACCACUCGCAGUGGCUCCUCCUUUGUUGGCCAGCUGCUGAACCAGCACCAGGAGAUAUUCUACCUGUUUGAGCCUCUUUAUCACGUUUAUGCCACAUUGGUCCCACGUCAGUCACACACCCGUAACCCUACAGAUCGCCGCGUGACGCUAGGUGCCAGUCGAGACCUCUUGCGCAGCCUGUAUGGUUGUGAUCUUUAUUUCCUAGAGAAUUAUAUAAAACCGACACCCACAAACCACACCACGGACAAACUGUUCCGUCGAGGUGCCAGCCGGGCAUUGUGCCAGCAACCUGUCUGUGAUGCCUUUGGUCCAGGGGACGUUAAUGUGGAAGAAGGAGACUGUGUGAAGAAAUGCUCAACCUUAAACAUGACUUUAGCAACAGAGGCUUGUCAGGAGAAGAAGCACGUGGCCAUCAAAGUAGUCCGGGUUCCUGAAAUCGGAGAUCUGCGGGCUCUGGUUGAAGAUCCGCGGCUGAACAUAAAAGUCAUUCAACUUGUGAGAGACCCACGUGGUAUCCUGUCAUCCCGGAUUGAGACAUUCAGGGACCCAUACCGAUUGUGGCGCAUUUGGAGGGCCACAGGGAGAAGACCGUAUAAUCUAGACAUGAAUCAGCUCACAGUGAUCUGUGAGGACUUCUUUGGUUCAGUUUCAACUGGUCUUAGUCACCCCUACUGGCUGAAAGGGAAGUACAUGUUGGUUCGAUAUGAGGAUUUGGCCCGAAAUCCACUUCUAAAGACUCAGGAGAUCUAUGACUUUCUUGGGCUACAUAUGGAUAAAAAUGUGAAACACUGGAUACGUGCAAAUACUCGAGGAAGCAAUGAACCUUCGGCAAAACACAAGUUUGGAACAGUGAGGGACUCAGCUGCUAAUGCAGAGAGUUGGCGUUUGAAACUGUCCUAUGAUAUUGUAGAAUUCACACAAACCAUGUGUCAUAAAGUACUGAAGCAGCUGGGAUAUAAGGCUGUGAAAUCAGUAGAAGAACUGAAAAAUCUGUCCUUCUCUCUAGUGCAAGACAAAGCAUUUGUACCAUUUUUGUAACAAAGAUAGUUCUCUAUUAACUAUUUUUGAUAUAUUUAUAUUGUUGCCUUAUAAGUUCCUCAGUUUGUUUAAUUUCUUAUGUGUUUUUGUUCCAUGAAAUUUGCACUAAAUUUUGGAGGUGUCUGAAUGCACUAAGGGAAGUGUUGAUACAAAACCAGACGUUUGUCACACAUAAAAGACGCUAAAUUUGAAAUGAUCUGUCCAUGAAUGAAAGGAUUUCAAGGCGUUGUCUCCGUUAUUUGCUGUAUGAAAUAUGUAAUUUCAGCACAAGUUAAAUAUUUGUCACUAAAAACAUGGAAAUCAGGAAGGACUCCAUAAGGCAUACAUGUUUUUUUUAAGACCUGUCAUGGCAAACUUUAACUGUACAAGCUCUACUGUGCAAUAAAUAGUGAAUGUCGCAGUCAA